AUGAAUAUCAACAAUGGUGUCCCAAAUGGUAACAACAUGGCCGGAGUUCCUUCAUGGCAUGGCAUGUAUACAGGCGAAGAGAGACAGAGAGUUGUUCAGAUUAUAAUGGAUACUUUGUCUGACCUUCAUGGCACAAACCCAAACUUUGAUUUUCAAAAGUUGACAAAAAUGGCGCAAGAUUUUGAGAGAAUAGUUUAUGAGAAAUCUCCAUCACGAGAUGAUUAUUUGAAAGCGAUUAAGCUGAAGGUAAGUCAGUUGAGAUUGCAGAAACAACAAGUGAACGGUGGCCAAUCAGUUUCACCAAACAACCAGGUGAACCAACAGCAGCAGCAGAUUUCUCAACAAAUGGCACGCAAUGCACUGAAUACGAAUCCAAAUAUGGGCCCCGCAAAUCCACAGAACUUGCAAUUUUUACAACAACAAGCUCAAGCUCGUAAUCAAUCGCAAGCUCAAAUUCAGGCACGACAACAACAGCUUCGACAAAUGGUCAAUAGUCAGCAGGGUCAAGGAAUGCAAUCAUCUCGACCAUUGGGGGCGGUACAACCAAACCCACAACAGCAGACAACUCAACAACAGCUGCAACAGCAACAACAACAACAACAACAAACCAAUUUCACACAGAGACAAGCAUUGAAUGCCAAUGGCCCCACAGGCGCAGAUCAACAGGUUCCUCCUCAACUUCUUCAGCUCAUUCGAAGCUCCCCCAUACCUCCACCUUUACUUACCAAAAUACCCAAUUUACCCAAGGGUGUGACUACUUGGAACCAAAUUUUUGAUUGCAUCAAAAGAAAAGUCAUUUCUCAAGAUAUUCUUCCCUUGGUGAGGGAUAUCCAUUCUACUCAUAUGCAAUUGGUUAUGCGUCAACAACAACAAAAGAUGAAUGUUCGUAAUGAGGGUAAUAUAGCUGGUAACAAUACGAAUCAAAUCAAUGAUAACGAAUUAAAAACGAAUCAAGGAAACCCUCCAAUUGGACAGGUAAACUUUAACAACCUUACUCCUCAACAGCGACAACAGUUGUUACAAAGGCAGCGCGAAUCGCAGCAACAACGUCAACUAUCACUGGGAGCAAAUCAACCUGGGCCGGGAUUGAAUCAAGAUUUUGGUCAACAAGGUCUUCCUCAGCAACAAGGGUUAUCCCAACAAGGCCCCCCUCGACCUGUACCUCAGCAGCCUGUUCCCGCUCAAAAAGCGCCAUUCCAACAUCCUCAACUGCAACAGCAGCAGCAGCAUCAACAGCAACCUCAGCAGUCAUUUGAUCAAAGACCACCACAAUUUCAAGUUACUCAACAAGAUUACGCAAAAUAUUCAAACGACGCAUUAACGUUGCUCAACCGUUUACAACAGCAAAAGCAAAUUGCUGGUCAGCUUGAUUCCAACAUGAAGGAGACUUUUAUUCGAAAGUAUAUCCUUCAUCAAAAAAACCAACUCUGGAAACAACAAAUCGCAGCGCAGAGUGGCUCAACGGGACUAGGAAUACAAAAUGCCCAGUCACAAGCUCAGCAACCCAUCCCUCAAAUCGCUCCAAAUGUCCCAAUCCCCAUGCAACUGAAUGGUGGUAAUCUGCAAGGUAAACAAGUGCCAAUCUCCCAACAAGGACUGCCUAUGAUUGGUACGUCAAACACUCCACUGAUGAAGCCUAAUAUGGCCCCACUGAACAAUCUAUCGUCCCCUGUACCGAACCAGAGGGGCCCAGUGAUGAAUGACUCUUCGGCUCCUCCUGGAAGGGCUGGUCCAGCAGCUGCUAACCCCAGUUUGAGCUCCUUACUCCCUCCUCUUACCGAUGAGGCAAAACUUCGUCUCAGACAGUUAAUUGAGGAAGUCUCAAGAAACAACGUAUUGUUGCGAGAUGUGACGACAUUGCUUUCUCCAAAAGACAAGGGUGCAGUAAGAGACUCGAUGAACCGAAUCCAGGAAGAAUAUGGAAAUGUCGAUUCGAUUAUAAGCUAUUUUUACUUAUUCACUAAAAAUAUCGAAGGAACAAAGAGACUCAUUCAAAUGAAGUAUAUGACAAAAAACAUUUUGGAAAACUUGAAGCGAGGAGUUUACUUAGCGGGCCCAGAUUUGCUAGACAAGUUGAGAAAUCAGUAUGCCAAAUAUUUUGAUUAUGUUAAGGAGCAAAUAUCCCAACGCAGACAACAAAUUGUAGGUGGCAGGAAUCCAGGGGUACCUCCGCAACCUCACGCCAUUCAAGGUCAGCAACAACAACCACCCCUACCACCAGGGCAGCAACAACAAUCACAACCACGAGGACCACCACAACCUCAGAUGCAAGCUCAAGGUGUCCAGCCUAUGGUACAGAAUGCUCAAGGAGUGAUUGAACAAAUGUUUGGAAAUUCGAAUGUGCAAAAUUCGCCUCAUUUGUUUGCACCAACUUUCAAUCAAUCCCCGCAACAACUCAACCAGGGUCUUCCUCCUCAGAUACCACAACAGCAGCAGCAGCAGCAGCAGCAAUUUGCAAACCAAGGCAUGCCAAUGGUGGGUGGUUUGGGACCUCAACCAACUCAGCAGCAGAUGCAAAUGAAUCAGACGUGGGGUAAUGCUGGUAACGUACAAAAUAAUAUGCAACAGCAAUUUGCUCCUAAUGGCCAACAACAAGGUGUGCAACAGGUACCUCUACAACAACGCAACUCGGUGCUGCAAACAAAGCCCAAGAAGGCGCCACCAAAGAAAAAGCGUAAUAGUACGGCAGCCGCCGCAGCCACUCCUAAUGCCAUUGCAUCGUCUAUAAAAACACCCCAUAAUGUGGCUACACCACAGAUUCAAAAUUCAUUGCAAUCUCCGCAAAUCAAAAGCACUCCAGCCCCAUCAGCACCAACACCGAAACCCAAUGCCCCGCCUAGUGUACCUGCAACAACCGCACCAUCUACAGGUCCCGCUACUGUUAGUGGGACCACGCCAAAUACACACACCACACCAGAGAUUGACAUUUUUUCAAUGUCAAGCGAUCUGGUUAAGCGAAGGGAGCUUUCCCUCACUGACCCACAACAGUUCUUUGUUGAGUCUUUGAGAAAGCUUCUUGAGUUGGAUGGACAAAGUAAAGAGUCGCGCGUUAAUUCUGCGGCUACACUUUGUGCUAUAAGUACUAGUUUUAGACAAGUUCAAGAAAUUGAUGAAGUAUGUGAAAACGUUUUUUAG